CUCCCACUUGAUGAAAAUUCAACUUGUUUUCAGCAAAGGGGGGGUUGGUGUUGUGUGGAACGACGGAGAUGAUGAUGAAGAAGAAAGAACACCACCCUAAUCUCAUCGCAUUCAGAAACCAUCUCUUCCUUCUUCACUAACACAUCUUCCAAAAACCCUACGGUUAUAUUUAACUUUCGUCGUAUUCGUAUCCAGUUCCCUCUUUCCCAUUUCUUCUUCUAUCUGUUACAAGUUAUUUCAAGGAAACGCACAUGGAUGUUGUAGCAAUUGAAGCCUCGGUGUGGAACACUUCAUUAUAUAACACACUCCGCAAGCCUUCUCUUUUCAGAUUAUCAAGACGAAGGUGCCCUAAAAUCUUACAUUGUACAGCGGGAGCUACUAGAUUCAGCGAGAGGGUUAUUCUCCGAAACUUUGUUGAUUCGAGAUUUUCAAGAAAUACAAGUUAUAGUGUUGUUCGAGAGGACAGAGGAUUGAGAUCUGUUUGGAUUAAAAGUAGUAGUAGCGUGGACAACCAUUCUACAGCCCCAAGUGUGGAUUUUGAUUUUCUUCAAGUUUUGGUAAAGAGGGGAUUCGUUUUGGCGGCGGUGUGCUGUGGGGUUUUAGUGUUGGGAUGCAGAGGGGUUCUUGCUGCGGAAGGAGUCUUGAAUGGGGGAUUUGUGGGGUCCGGUUUAGAGCAGAUUAAGUUGUCACUGACCAACUCUCUGCCCAAGGUUUUGAUGGUUCUCAAGGUUUUGAAGGAACAAGGUCUAAUUUUGGCUGCUCUUUUUGGGCUCUCUGCGUUUUUCUCCAUGGCGGAGACUUCAAUUACUACUCUGUGGCCUUGGAAGGUUCGGGAGUUAGCUGAGAAAGAGUCUGAGAAUGGUGUGUUCAAAAUGCUCCGCAAUGAUGUUACUCGGUUCUUGACAACCAUACUUAUUGGCACAACCGUUGUCAAUAUUGGAGCAACCGCCCUUGUCACUGAAGCAGCAACCACAAUAUUUGGUGAAGCAGGUGUGAGUGCAGCCACAGGAGUAAUGACGGUUGCUGUUUUGCUACUCACUGAAAUAACUCCAAAAAGUAUAGCUGUUCAUAAUGCCACUGAGGUCGCAAGAUUUGUGGUCAGGCCGAUUGCAUGGCUUUCCUUAGUCUUAUAUCCUGUUGGAAGGGUCGUAACAUAUCUCUCAAUGGGAAUGCUCAAGUUGCUUGGUCUCAAAGGAAGAAGUGAACCGUAUGUGACUGAGGAUGAACUGAAGUUGAUGUUGCGAGGAGCUGAACUAAGUGGGGCCAUAGAAGAGGAAGAGCAGGAUAUGAUUGAAAAUGUUUUAGAAAUAAAAGACACAUACGUUCGAGAGGUUAUGACACCUUUGGUUGAUGUUGUCGCCAGUGAUUCCAGUGCAACACUUGUCGAUUUCCACACCUUGUGGUUAACUCAUCAGUAUUCAAGGGUACCAGUUUUUGAGCAACGUGUUGAUAAUAUAGUGGGCAUUGCAUAUGCUAUGGAUCUACUAGACUAUGUUCAAAAGGGAGAUCUACUAGAAAGUACGAGUGUGGGGGAUAUGGCUCAUAAACCUGCUUAUUUUGUGCCUGAUUCAAUGUCAGUGUGGAAUCUUCUUAGAGAAUUUCGAAUCAGGAAGGUGCAUAUGGCUGUUGUCUUGAAUGAAUACGGUGGAACAGUUGGGAUUGUAACUCUGGAAGAUGUGGUUGAAGAAAUUGUUGGUGAAAUUUUUGAUGAAAAUGAUUCAAAAGAGGAAAUAGAGAAAAAGACUGGAUAUAUUGUAAUGAGGGCCGAAGGAAUUUAUGAUGUGGAUGCAAAUACAUCCAUUGACCAGCUUUCUGAAGAUCUCAACAUAAAGAUGCCAGAGGGACAUCAGUAUGAAACGGUAUCAGGGUUUGUGUGUGAGGCAUUUGGAUAUAUCCCAAGAACAGGGGAAAGUAUAAAACUGGUACUUGACAAGGAAGAAGAGCAUGAUGAGUAUACUACCGAGGAUGAUCAAAAUCAAAAUCAAAAAGAAAAAGAAAAGAAGCAAGUAUUUCAAAUAGAGAUUUUGGCAGGAAAUGCAAGAAAGGUUGGUGCAGUGAGGUUUGAACGGGUAACAGCACAUGAGGAGGGGUCGGAUUCAUCAUCAUCAUUGUUGGAGUUGGAAAGAAGCAGCAGCACAAAGGAAAUGAAGAAGGUGGUUCCAAAAAUCAUGAAAAGGAAAUUCGGGGGUGAUGUCAGUGAUGAUGAAACUUGUAGGAGUGAGGAGGAGGAGGAGGAUGUAAUCCCACAUCAACUCAAACAAGGCGAAUGAAAACUGAAAAUUGAAAACCCUUUUUUCUUUUCUUCAAUUGCAAUAUUUUAUAUUCAUGAAUGAAUGAGGGUAGGCUAAGUAAAACUUGUAGAUUUAGAGGCCGGAGGGACUACUACUAGGGAGGAAGAGAGAAAUUUGGUCUGAUGAAAGUAAUAAAUUACCUCCAAUUGGAAUUGAAAAAUAAGGAACAAAAGAAAGAAACAUUUGAUUUUUUUAUUCUCCAAAAAGUACAACUGUCAAUAUGCC